AUGUCACAUCUUGCUUCUAGCUCACAACAUCACUCUACCCUUCAUUCUUGUUACCUUCACCACUGCAUUGCUACUAUUGAAGGCCACAACUGUUACGUCUCCUCUCUUGCCAUUGGAGGACACUUCUUAUUCGCAGGUUCUUCCGACAAAGAAAUUCGACUUUGGAACCUCAACGGUUUAAUUAGCUCCCAUGCCGAACAAGAAUCUAUAGCCGAUGCCAUGGUAGUCACCGGAAACGGUGCAGUAAAGUCGAUGGUGGUUUCAUCUGACAAAUUAUUCACUGCCCAUCAAGAUCACAAAAUCCGUGUGUGGAAAAUCAGUUCUCACGAAACCAAACUGACCCACUUAGCCACCCUCCCAACCCUUGGUGAUCGGGCCCUAAAGCUUCUAAUACCCAAGCACCAUGUACAGGUCCGACGACACAAAAAAUCCACGUGGGUCCAUCAUCUUGAUACCGUAUCAGCACUAGCCCUGUCAAAUGACGGAUCGCUUUUGUACUCGGUUUCAUGGGAUAGGACUCUAAAGAUUUGGCAGACAAGUGAUUUCAAAUGCCUACAGUCUGUAGCAAAUGCACAUGAUGAUGCCAUUAAUGCAGUAGCAUCAUCUAGCAAUGGAGAUGUUUAUACUGGAUCAGCAGACAAGAAAAUAAGGGUUUGGAGGAAGAUGCCACCAGAGGGCACGGACGUCCUCACACUGGUUUCUACAUUGGAGAAACAUAAAUCUGGGAUAAAUGCACUUGCAUUAAGCAGUGAUGGGAACAUGUUAUAUUCAGGCGCCAGUGAUCGAUCCAUUGUGGUUUGGGAGAAGAAUGGUGGCGGCAGCACUGUGGCUAUGGGCACUCUAAGGGGGCAUAAGAAGGCUAUAUUGUGUUUAACGGUGGUAUCGGAUUUGGUUUGUAGUGGUUCAGCAGAUGAAACCAUAAGGCUUUGGAGAGGUGUUGAUAAAUGCUACUUUUGUUUAGCUCUACUGGAGGGACACAAUGGGCCUGUUAAGUGCUUGACAUUGGCAAAGGAUGAAGAUGAUCCAUCAUCUUAUCUCAUAUACAGUGGUGGUCUGGAUUGUCACAUCAAAGUCUGGCGGAUUUUUGUUGGUUGCAACUAG